GGCUGUAGAAUACAUUGAAGAUACGCCAGCCUGGAAAACAGCACUGCCGUGAUUGCAGUUGAAGAUAUAUCCCCCAUCAAGGUUUGCUACUCACGUUGAAUCAAGUAGUUAAGCUAUUGUGAGUGAGUUUAAAAGUGAAGAGGGUUCUUGAAAGCUGUUUCCCAUGUCCCCGUUUCUCAGCUCCACGCUCCAGAACAUCACUCGUUUUCAACGCCAAGCAGGACGCCGGGUUUUGGGUCAUAUCCCGCCGGCCACUAUUCCGGAUAUUGAUAGUGCCGCACUCUCAGAAAUAAGAGGGAUUGCUUCCUCAGCCGUCAAAGGUGCUACUAGUAACAGCCCGCCACUGCCUCCGACUCUGGCUCCAAGCCCUUCAAAAACCAUAUCCCACGCCCCCUCGACCCAAACACAAUUUACAGCCUCAGGUGUUACCGAUAUUACCGCACCAGCAACGUCCACUACAGCGUCGAACAACAGCACUAGCAUGGCAGAUGGGGGAGCCAGCGUCGCAUCGACGGACAAUCAUACUAGUGCCGGGACUGCUGGAGAUACAACCACAAACUCCUUCAACUUAAUCUCGUCAAGGAUGACCGCUGGGUCCCAACGACUGGGAAGCGUCGUAGCUGCUUCUACUACAGUACCCGAGUCGACAGUUUCGAUGACAACCCAGGCCAUCAUACAAUCAAGUAUAACUGCGAGUCACAGUCAAAAGGACACCUCGACCAUCGUUGGAAGUGUCGCCGGCGCUGUUGUUCUUCUCUCCCUUUCGAUCUGGGUCGCGCUUUGGUAUUACCGUCGAUGUCUGAACCGACGGCCUUCUACGUCGGACCGUCAGGAUGUUUCGCCAUGCACGGCGUCCUCUCCCACUCAGGGUUGUUCGGCGGAUAAAUUCGAGGCUGAAGGAGAAAAUACACGUACGUAUCGUUUGACCGGUCGUCAGGAGGUCAUUGGCAGCGAUGUUGACAGGCAAGAAGAUGGUCAUGGACAGAGUCGUCGGAGUGCCUGUCUAGACUCUGUGAUUGUUAGCGGUGACACAAUGAUAUUUAUCCCGCCGCCAUCCUAUAGGCCGUGAUAUUAGGA